UCAUUACGGGAUAGUUCCAUCACUAGAUUGCUUGUGUUUUGUCCCCGAGUUGUUACAAUAAACGAGAAUAUAAACAAAACAAAUGAAAAUUAACCAUAAAUAUGAAUUCGACGACGAUGCGGCCUCCAUAUGCGAGUCGACGGCCGCCCUAACGGAGGGCUGUCGCUUACCCGUACGGAUGCACAAAACGGAGGACUGGCCGCUGGCCGAGAUUGUGAGCAUCAAGGAGCUGGACGGGCGGCGCCAGUUCUAUGUGCACUACGUGGACUUCAACAAACGUCUGGAUGAGUGGGUGAACGAGGAGGAUCUGUAUACCCGGAAGGUACAGUUCCCACGGAGAGAUGGCUCCCAGACUGGCACCAGUACAGGAGUGACGACCCCGCAGCGCCAUCACUCCCUGGCUGGCAGCGUUUCCAGGCCUACGUCUCCCCAACAUCCUGCGUCUGGUGCGGGCAGUGGAACUGCAGCAGGAGGAGCUGGAGCGGCCGCAGCAGCAGCUACGUCCACGGCGGCGGGAGCAACUCCUGUGCCGAGUAGUGGCGGCGAACUGGUCAACGGAAAUAAUUUAGCGGCCGCCCUGCAGAAGCGCAUCAACCGGAAACGUAAGGUGCACGGCGGAUCGGCGCACGGACAUCACGCCGCCCAGGCGCAGCAGCAGCAUGCCCACCCACAGACGCCCCAGACUCCCACCUCCACGCCCGUUCACGUGACGGGCGAUGGCCUGAUCAGUGGGGCAGCGAACGAGGACGGGGAUGGGUCGCAGGAUGGCAAGAUUCCAACGCCCCGGCAGUCAGGAAGCAUGGUCACCCACCAGGACGACGUGGUCACUCGCAUGAAGAACGUCGAGAUGAUCGAGCUCGGCAGGCAUCGGAUAAAGCCAUGGUAUUUCUCGCCGUACCCGCAAGAGCUCUGCCAGAUGUCCUGCAUCUACAUUUGCGAGUUCUGCCUGAAGUACCGGAAGAGCCGCAAGUGCCUGGAACGGCACCUGUCCAAGUGUAAUCUGCGCCAUCCUCCCGGCAAUGAGAUCUACCGGAAGCACACCAUCUCCUUCUUCGAGAUCGACGGCAGGAAGAACAAGGUCUACGCCCAGAACCUCUGCCUCCUGGCCAAGCUCUUUCUGGACCACAAGACCCUCUACUAUGACACCGAUCCCUUUCUUUUCUACGUCAUGACCGAGUUUGAUUCCCGGGGCUUUCAUAUUGUGGGCUACUUCUCCAAGGAGAAGGAGAGCACCGAGGACUACAACGUGGCCUGUAUUCUCACGAUGCCACCGUACCAGCGCAAGGGCUAUGGAAAGCUCCUCAUCGAGUUCAGUUACGAGCUGUCCAAGUUCGAGGGCAAGACCGGGUCGCCGGAGAAGCCGCUAUCGGAUCUGGGUCUCCUGUCGUACCGCUCGUACUGGGCGCAGACGAUACUGGAGAUCUUCAUCAGCCAGAAUCCGAGCACGGACGGCGAGAAGCCAACCAUAACGAUCAACGACAUCUGCGAGUGUACCUCCAUCAAGAAGGAGGAUGUGAUCUCCACUCUGCAGAACCUCAACCUGAUCAACUACUACAAGGGCCAGUACAUUGUGUGCAUCAAUCGGGACACCAUUGAACAGCAUCGUCGGGCCAUGGAGAAGCGCAAGAUUCGAAUCGACUCCAAGUGCCUCCACUGGACGCCCAAAGACUGGUCGAAGCGCUCCAAAUGAAUGCUGCCGCUUGUAACCCGCUUGCGCCCGCAGAGCAUCACCGGAUGAGCCAGUCGUUCUCCGCUGUUAUCACGCUUAUAAACUAGAAUUAACCGAAAAUAUAAUUGGAAUUAGUUUUAAAUCGAUUAUAAUUGUGUAACUGGCGUAUAUAUUCCAAAUAUAUAUAUGACACGA